CUUAUAUUUGGCACCCUUUACCCUGCAUAUUACUCCUACAAGGCUGUGAAAUCAAAGGACAUUAAAGAAUAUGUCAAAUGGAUGAUGUACUGGAUUAUAUUUGCACUUUUCACCACAGCAGAGACAUUCACCGACAUCUUCCUUUGUUGGUUUCCAUUCUAUUACGAACUAAAAAUAGCCUUUGUAGCCUGGCUGCUCUCUCCCUACACAAAAGGCUCCAGCCUCCUGUACAGGAAGUUUGUCCAUCCCACGCUGUCUUCAAAGGAAAAGGAAAUCGAUGAUUGCCUUGUCCAAGCAAAAGACCGGAGUUACGACGCCCUUGUGCACUUCGGGAAGCGAGGCUUGAACGUGGCGGCCACAGCGGCGGUGAUGGCUGCCUCCAAGGGACAGGGUGCCUUAUCGGAGAGACUCCGGAGCUUCAGCAUGCAGGACCUCACCACCAUUCGGGGAGACGGUGCCCCUGCGCCCUCAGGCCCCCCUCCCGCGGGGUCCGGGCGGGCCGGCAAACAGGGCCAGCCCAAGAUGUCCAGGAGUGCUUCUGAGAGCGCUGGCAGCUCAGGCACCGCCUAGACUCCUUCGAUCCCGCUUCAGGAAGAAAAGUACCUCAUCCUCAGCCACUGAAACCACAUGAGUGAGACGAGCCAACAGCACCGGAUACACAGAACGUUUCUCCUCUGCCUUAAAGAGCUAUUCACUAACAACACGGUGUCUGCAAGCUGGUGUGCUGUGUGCAGCCUCACAGACAUGGCCUUUUCUCCCCUCCCCUUUUAGGAUAUUGUUUUCUCCGUCUUUAUUUUGCUGGGAAAGGCUAAAGGGCAGGUAGUGUUUGGGGGGUGGUGUGUGACCCUAAGUCUUCUGAGGUUAGUAAUUUUCCACAGUUGGGUUGUCAUUACAGACAGCAGUGUUUGUAGAAAUAUAAGGGAAUCCCCCUCCCUGCUGAGAUGUACAUUUGUAAUUUAUUUGUUGCAUACUUCAUUUUUAGUCCUGUAAAUGCAAACAAAGCCAUUUUUUAAAACUGUUUUUGUUCUUGGUACUAAUACUUUGGACUACAGUGUACAUAUUUAUGGCUUUUGGCUUCAUAUAAUGGACUUGCCAGGGCUGCCAGAGGUUCUGAUAAUGUAAGAAAACUACAAACACAGAAGUUUAAAAAAUGUUUCUGAUUCCAGAGCACAUCUUAGAUUGUGCUUAGAAAGCGUCCCUUU